GCCUGCCUGCGUAAGAGAAACAUGGCGGAAGGCGAGUUGAACGUAGACAGCCUCAUCUCCCGGUUACUAGAAGUCCGAGGAUGUCGUCCAGGGAAGAUCGUCCAGAUGACGGAGGCUGAGGUGCGGGGGCUCUGCAUCAAGUCCAGAGAGAUCUUCCUCAGUCAGCCCAUCCUGCUAGAACUCGAGGCUCCGCUCAAAAUCUGUGGUGACAUCCAUGGACAGUACACCGACUUGCUGAGGCUAUUCGAGUACGGCGGUUUCCCUCCGGAGGCCAACUAUCUGUUCCUGGGCGACUACGUGGACCGAGGGAAACAGUCGCUGGAGACCAUCUGCCUGCUGCUGGCCUACAAGAUCAAAUACCCAGAGAACUUCUUCUUGCUCAGGGGGAACCACGAGUGUGCUUCCAUCAAUCGCAUCUACGGCUUUUACGACGAGUGCAAACGCAGGUUCAACAUAAAGCUCUGGAAGACAUUCACAGACUGUUUUAAUUGCCUGCCCAUAGCUGCCAUUAUCGAUGAGAAGAUCUUCUGCUGCCAUGGAGGUCUCUCUCCUGAUCUGCAGUCCAUGGAACAGAUUCGACGCAUUAUGAGACCGACUGACGUCCCUGACACAGGCUUGCUGUGCGACCUGCUGUGGUCGGACCCAGACAAGGACGUGCAGGGAUGGGGGGAGAACGAUCGGGGAGUUUCCUUCACCUUCGGGGCCGACGUGGUCAGCAAGUUCCUCAACCGCCACGACCUGGAUCUCAUCUGCCGAGCACAUCAGGUCGUUGAAGAUGGCUACGAGUUCUUUGCCAAGCGGCAGCUGGUGACGCUGUUCUCUGCCCCCAACUACUGCGGGGAGUUUGACAACGCGGGCGGCAUGAUGAGUGUGGACGAGUCUCUGAUGUGCUCCUUUCAGAUUCUGAAGCCGUCAGAAAAAAAGGCCAAGUACCAGUAUGGAGGGGUGAAUGCAGGACGCCCUGUCACCCCCCCUCGCACCGUUCAGGCACCUAAGAAGAGGUGAACGUCUUGCCCCCCCCUCCCCUCCCCCCUGACUCUCCUGCUCCUCCCCUGGCUGGUCUCUGGCCCGAGUCCCUGCAGGCUGCCUCAAACCCUCCAGCCUCCUCUCAGUAAGCUCGUUCGUGUGUAAACAGAAACUCCAGGAGUGUUUGCUGUUGCUCGUUCUGUGGGUAGUUUUAUGAACACGAGUGGUAUUUCCUUUACUCAAGUUUUUCUCAACGCCAUGGUGUGUAUUCACUCAGCCUUCGUUUCCACUGCUCAGUCCAUUCAGCAACAUUUAAAACUAACCCUUUGUGGAAAAGACGCUUCUCCGCCUCCAUGCACAACUUCCAUUGUGAUUUUGUGAACGCAUGCACACCUGUGACACUGAGACUGGUUCUUUGCCCUGGUUGAUAACUUUCUGUUCCACCUCGACUUGCCUAAUGUGCAUGUAAUUCACCUGAUUACUGCCAUUGCCCCUGUUUGAAUGGAGCUGAAAACAGAGAGGGAAUCGUUUGACAUAGUAGAAUAAGUUUAUAUCUUUACGACUGAAGAAUGUAAGGCAUCUCUAAAAUCCGGAGAUUUUCCCCAGAAAUUUAGCCAAAUGCAAGAAGAAACAUUUGUGAGCCUGUUUGAACUGUACUUUUAUGAGGGCAUUCAUAAACAAUAGAUACGCUGCAUUAGUUUAGUGUUUCCAGCUUCAGCUCUGAACACUUGCAUCCUUCACAUCACUAAACCAGCAUUUGUGGUUGUUGAAAAGGAGAAUUUCCAUUGUUGAUGUAAAGUAAAGAAAAAGGCAGAUGCAAUAGCAUUAAAUGUUCCUUUUUUUGUUCUGAUGUAAAUUCGGUGUGUGUGGAAAUGUGAGAACAAAACAUAGCUGAGCACUUUGAGUUGAUGUCCUUUAAUCUUGCUUAGAUCAUUAGGUAUGUAGAAACCAUAGACUGUAGAUUAAGAUGGACGAUGGUGAUCAGGGAGCUGUGGUAUCGAGGGCCCCCCCCCCCCCGAUUCACCAGCUGGACGAAUCACACGUCUCAGCCGUCAAAUCGGGACGUUGAACAUAGAUCAGUGUGAUAAAAUGACAGAAACCAGCUUUUGGGAAGAAAAUAUUGAAUUUUUUACUUUUUAAUUUGGUCCACAUCCCAUAUGCUAACAUAGAAAAAGCCGGGUUAAUGUCCUGUACGCCAGUCAGCCACCAGGGGGCAGUCCAGAUUAUUUGGCUUCACUUUUGUAGAGCUGUCAUGUCGUCCAUCUUUAUAUACAGUCUAUGGUAGAAACUUAGCCAUGGAUACGUGAAUGCAAGAGACGAACGUGUACAAAGAAAAGUGAAGAACUAAUAAAAACAAUACAAGACAAACCAUCUUACAUUGAACACUUCAUCGCAUGACAUUACACAACGUUGUAAAGGGGUCAACACAAUAUUUUUUGUUGUCGGCAUUAUGCUAGUGAUGUUACACUGUUUCCACCUAGUGGUUAUUGAAUGAAGUACAGUGAAUCAUUUCCAACUCACUGAUAAACAUUGGACUUGUGUAUUUUAAUUUAAUAUGGUAUAAUCUUGCCUUGUACAGCGAUUGGUCCUCGAGUUGAAAACAGUUACGUUACGAUGUUUUGAGAUUUGUACGACUUUGUUUCAAAUGAGUGAAAUAAAUGGAAGUGCUGUGGA